AUGUUGCCUGUUAAAACCCGUAACAUCUUUAAGGACGUCGUGAAUGGCUCGCGAGUGCAACCGUUACGUCAGCAGAUGGAGAAAAACUUGAAAGAUGCGUGUAUUGGCCGACUUAAGCCAUGGAAAAGUUGCCAAAUCGAUACCGAUGAUACCAGUUCGCUAACAUGGAGCCCUAAUGGGCAGUUUCUCCUAAGCGCAUCAAAUGAUCGUAAGAUUAGUCUAUGCAAUCCUUUCAAUGAAUCUCUAAAACGUAUUAAAACUCCGCAUGCAUCGCAAGUUACGUGUGCGCGAUUUAUGUCUCACUCGGACAAUCUAGUCGUGUCGGGUUCGCGAAGGGAUGGACUAAUGUGUUACGAUUUUAGCGUAGCACAGGGAAAAACCAUCAUUAUUCCAAUCUUCCGUAACUGCACCACACACCGAACAAAUCAAAUCAUACCCAUACCAUCGGAAGCCAAGAGUUUUAUCAGCUGCCACUCGGAUCGCACGGUGCGAUUCUUCGAUAUCCGGUGUCACUAUAACGAACAAAUGAAUGAAUGCAAAGACAACAUACUGCUACGUAUGAAGUGCAUACCAACAGCAAUGUCGUUAUCACCAAUAUCAGAGCGAUACAUUGCUGUUGGUGAUUCUAAUGGCUAUGUUUGUAUCUAUGACCGCCGUAAUCCCGGAAGCAACUUUGCUGCACCUCCAAUGAAAAUAUUUUCUUAUCCAAUGAUGACCACUGAACAUCCUGCCGUAACAUCAGUAGCCUAUGAUGAUUCAGAGCAGAACAUUUUAUGUAAUUUCUACGUGGAUUCCCUAUACCUGUUCGAUGUAGCAAAUCACUCUGGGCUAAGUGACGAAUCGGUGCUGGGUCGAGAGCCAUGGAUACCGAUUAAUGACCGGGGUAUACACAACAGUCCGUUUUUGGACGAAUCAGAUUGGAUACGAAUUACACGUCAGGUUGUUAAUUUCGCACAUAACUUUCAAGAGCUGAGCUUGGAAGGAUUCGAUAACGCGUCGGAUGUUGUGGAGGGAUGGUUUGCGGAGGUUCUAGAGAAUGAUGUGGAAAUCCCGAACGACAGCGACAAUGAUGAAGCCAUGGACGAAACGGACAACCAUGCGGAGGUUAUAGAGAAUGAUGUAGAUAUCCUGAGCGACAGCGACAAUGCUGAAGCUAUGGACGAAACGAACAACCAGCACGAAAGCCAAGCUGCUGGACGAAGCGGUAUCCCGACAAAUACAAACGAAUUCUUGUAUGUUAAAAAAUCGUACAAAACUCGUCACAAAUUUAAUUAUCGUAUCGCAUUCGUGCUGUGCCAUCCGGACCCGAUCAAACAAUUAAUCGCCAUUUUUCGACUUAUAUCAUUCAUCAACAGUACGGGCUUGACGGACGUUGGAUUUUGGGGCAACAAUUAUGUCUUAGCCGGGUCUGAUUCUGGGAACGUGUUCUUUUGGGAUAAACGCAAAACUGACUGCAUCAUGACUUUGAUUGGCAACCGCGAAUCGGUGACCACCGUUCAACCGCACCCAUCGCUAGCGAUUUUUGCUACAGGCGGUGCGGAUGGGUUAAUACGAGUUUUUAUGCCGCUGGGUGAAUACAGCCUGUUGGACGACGAAACUAUACCAAAAGUACAAAAGGAAAAGGAAGAGCAGUUGGCCAACCGACCACGCCUAUCAGGGGUUGUGUUAAAUUACAUGAAUAGUUAUUAA